AUGAUCAUGUCUGGUUCUAAGCAUUUUAGCGAAAUAGAUUUCGACGGCAUAACCUUUUCAGAUGAGGACUUGAAGGGAGUUGAACUCCCCCACAACGAUGCACUUGUUGUUUCCAUGAUGGUGGCAAACGCUAAGGUGGACAAGAUCUUUGUCACCUCUGGCUUUGGACCCCGUCUUCUUUACCUUUCCACUCUGGAGAAAGUCUUGGGGCUCAGCAUAGUUAGCAUUAGCAUGCUCCUCCUGAGGAUAGCAUUGAAGAAGCUAGAUGAGCUUAUUGGCUCUCAACAUAAUGCUGGAGUUGGAGAAGUAAGAGGAGAUCAGAAGAAGGCUAGAGAGUGUGAGAAGGCUCUCCAGGAACUAGCAGAGCGCAAGGCCUCUCAAGGAACCGCUGGAACCAAAUGA